ACCUUCNAAAAAAAAAAAAAAAAAAAAAAAAUCCAAAAUUUCAAAAGCUUACAUUUUUUUGACAAUCUGAGAUUCUCUUCUCAAAAGAUCAUAUUUCUACAAACUCAGAGUAAUUAUGGGUUGCUCCAUCAGUAAAGACCCAAAACCAUCGAAGAAGACCAUACUCGAGAAACCCUUCGUGGACAUGAAACAGUUGUCUGGUCAACCAAACAUAAUCGAGUUCAAACGUGCUUACGAGGAUAAAGAGUCGGUACAUAUCGUUAUGGAGUUCUGUGGCGGUGGAGAGUUGUUCAAAAAGAUCGAAGCUUUGUCCGAUGCUGGCAAGUGUCACUCUGAGAAAGAUGCUGUUGAGAUCAUUAGGCCUAUUGUCAAUGUUGUGAAGAACUGCCAUUUCAUGGGUGUGAUGCAUCGUGAUUUAAAGCCUGAGAAUUUCUUGUUCUCCAGUAACGGUGAGGAUGCUGUGCUCAAAGCUAUUGACUUUGGCUGUUCUGUCUUUAUUGGAGAAGGAGAAGUAUACCGGAAGCGUGUCGGGAGUGCUUACUACGUAGCUCCUGAAGUACUACAGGGAAAUUACGGGAAAGAAGCAGACGUUUGGAGUGCAGGGAUUAUUUUGUACAUCCUGCUCUGUGGCAAACCUCCCUAUGAGGCCGAAACUGAGGAAGAGCUGCUCAAAGAGGUAUUGAAAGACGCAAUUGAUUAUGAGAGCAAACCAUGGCCUUUGAUAUCUGUGAAGGCAAAACAUCUUGUCAAAAAGAUGCUUACUAAAAACCCCAAGGAACGGUUCUCUGCUGCAGAUGUUCUUGGACAUCCAUGGCUAAAAGACGGAGAAGCUUCAGAUAAGCCUAUUGAUGGAGUUGUUUUAUCCCGUUUGAAGGAGUUUCGACAUAUGAACAAGUUUAAGAAACUAGCUCUAAAGGUUAGUGCAGCAAAUCUAUCAGAAGAGGAAAUCAAAGGUCUUAAGACACUGUUCACCAACAUUGAUACUGACAAAAGUGGCACAAUUACACUUCAAGAACUCAAAACAGGCCUGAUCAGACUUGGAUCUAAACUCACUAAAACCGAAGUGGAGGAACUCAUGGAAGCUGCUGAUGUGGAUGGUAAUGGAACAAUCGACAUAGACGAGUUUAUCUCUGCGACGAUGCAUAGAUAUAAACUGGAUCGAGAUGAUCAUUUGUACAAAUUAUUUCAACACUUUGACAAAGACAACGACGGGCACUUAACAAAGGAAGAGUUGGAGAUGGCGAUGAAGGAGUAUGGUGUAAAAGAUGAAGAAGGUAGUAUCAAAGAAAUCAUAACCGAAUUCGAUACCGAUAAUGAUGGAAAAAUAAACUUUGAUGAGUUCCGCACAAUGAUGAAAAGUGACAGCUGCCUGCAGGCAUAAGGGGAACUUCUUCCAAUGAAUUGAAUCAUAUGGGAGAAAACCAAAGUGAGAGAGUUAGGUUGAGCUGUCAAAUCCCUAUAACGGACUCAUUAAUUCUUUUGGUAUUUGUGUUGAUUGUGUUAAUUAUAAAGUGUGAUAACUUUGUCAAUAUGAUUCUUCUAUUAAUAUUUGAGAACAUUGGUAUCAAUACUAAA